GACAAGUCAUGGUUGAGUAGCAAAAGGAAGUCAAAACUGUCAAAAAUCAAGUCUUUCUUGCAAUUUUACCUUCUUCCAGUUUCCCAUUUUUCCAUUUCCACAGUGUCUCUCAACGACUGACGCUACGGUCGCUAUUACCACCACAAUUGACAAAAGAUCAAGAGCAACAAAUUUUUUUUUUCCACAGCUGCCUUUCGAAGACCAUCGUCUACUUCCUGAACCUCCAAUCUUUUUCCCCCAAUUUUCAACUCUCGCCACCACCACCAGCAGCUCAAAACGCAGCGUUUCAUGGAAGCUCCACCUCCGCCUUCGCCUACAGAGCUCGACGCGGCGGAGAGGAUUAUUCUCCUGUGGGACUCGACGGCCUCUGAAGAAGCCAGGGAACGAAUGAUAUUCGAAGGCCACCGGGACGAAGUCGAUCGCUACUUGCAGGCCGUCGAUGAAAUCCAACGCUCCAUGUCCUCCGCCUCCCUCGUCUCCGACGACGACCAGGCCAAGCUCAACUCCGCCAUCCAGAUCGCCAUGGCGAGGCUCGAGGACGAGUUCCGCAACAUCCUCCUCAACCAUACCUCUCCCAUCGAGCCUGACUCGCUCACCUCCACCGAUCCGAGCUCGUCCACUCACUCCUGCGCCGCUGAUUCGAACUCCGAGUUCGAGGAUUACUCUGCCGAAGACGACUCCGGUUUGACAACUCCCAAGGCCUCCUCCGCCUCCGUCGGCGACGCCGACGAGCUGCUUCAGCGCGGCGAUUCGUCGAACACUUGCAGCUACAGGUCCACCAGCAGCAUCCGCGAGCUCGAUCUCAUCCCCUCCGAUGCCGUCGUCGAUCUCCGCAACAUCGCCGAGCGGAUGAUCGCCGCCGGAUUCCUCCGCGAGUGUAUUCAGGUGUACGGUGGAGUACGGAAGUCCGCAGUAGACUCGAGUUUCCGAAGGCUAGGGAUUGAGAAGUUGAGCAUCGGCGAUGUUCAGAGGCUUCAGUGGGAGCAGCUCGAGGCCAAGAUCCGACGCUGGAUACGCGCCGCCAAGGCCUGCGUCAGGAUCGUCUUCGCCUCGGAGAAAAAGCUUUGCGAGCAAAUCUUCAACGACAUCGGCACCGCCAUUGACGACGCUUGCUUCAUGGAAACAGUGAAGGGCCCCGCGAUUCAGCUCUUCAACUUCGCCGAGGCGAUCAGCAUCAGCCGGAGGUCGCCGGAGAAACUCUUCAAGAUUCUCGACUUGCACGACGCUCUGAUGGACUUGAUGCCGGAUAUCGAAUCAGUGUUUGAAUCGAAAUCGUCCGAGUCGAUUCGGAUUCAGGCGGUGGAGAUCCUGUCGAGGCUUGCGGAGGCGGCGAGGGGGAUUUUGUCGGAGUUUGAGAACGCAGUGCUUCGCGAACCUUCUAAGGUCCCAGUCCCGGGUGGAACGAUUCAUCCAUUGACUCGGUAUGUAAUGAAUUACAUCAGUUUGAUAUCGGAUUAUAAGCAGACUUUGAAUGAGCUUAUUGUGUCAAAACCCUCCACGGGGUCGCGGUACUCCGGCGACCCCACCACCCCGGAUAUGGAGUUUGCCGAGCUGGAGGGAAAGACCCCUUUGGCUCUGCAUUUGAUUUGGAUUAUUGUGAUUUUGCAAUUUAAUUUGGAUGGCAAGUCCAAGCACUAUAAGGAUGCUUCAAUAGCUCACUUGUUUAUGAUGAACAAUGUUCAUUACAUAGUUCAGAAGAUCAAAGGGUCCCCGGAACUGAGGGAGAUGAUUGGUGACGAUUAUUUGAGGAAGUUGACCGGGAAGUUCCGCCAGGCGGCCACUAGUUACCAGAGAGCUACUUGGGUGAGCGUGUUGUAUUGUUUGAGGGAUGAAGGGUUACAUGUGAGUGGGAGUUUUUCUUCUGGGGUGUCAAAGAGUGCUCUGAGAGAGAGGUUUAAGUCUUUCAAUGCCAUGUUUGAGGAGGUUCAUAGGACUCAAGCUACUUGGUUGAUACCGGACUCUCAGCUUAGGGAGGAGCUAAGGAUAUCUAUCUCAGAGAAGUUGAUCCCAGCUUAUAGGUCGUUUCUUGGGCGGUUCAGGAGCCAUAUAGAGAGUGGGAGGCAUCCGGAAAAUUACAUCAAGUAUUCGGUCGAAGAUUUGGAAACUGCUGUAUUGGAUUUCUUUGAGGGGUACUCGGUAUCCCAGCACUUGAGGAGGAGAUCUCAGUGAAUGUGAUCAAAUUGAAGUUAAGUUUUGCAAGUUUAGAAACUAGGACACAUUCUUUGAAUUUUUUUGUGGAGUGUUCGGGUGGUGUUGGUGUUGGUCAGUCUGGGAUUCAAUGAGCUUUCCAUUUCAUUACAAAUCCUACAUAGUUCAAUAUUCUGUUGAUUGGAGGAGAUCAGAUUGUUUGUGAAGAUCUCAGUUGCAGCUCUACAGAGUGGCCAAGUCUACAAGCCUGAAUGCUUCUGCCCUGUAAGCAUGUUAUUUAUUAUCAUUAUUAUUAUUAUUACUACUACUAGGAUCUAGAUUUUGUUUCAUUUGUUCAUAUUGGAAUUGUUGUGUGUGUGCUUUGUUCCAAUCUUUUUAAUAUCAAGAAGCAGUUUCUUAUAAUUAGUUCCAGGUGACUUGUAUACCAGGUCGUAUUUUUAGCCUUUUCAUAAGGCAAAUUUGGAAAAUGAAAUCUUAGAUAAGUUUUGA